AUGUCUCCAACUACCCCCACAAUCCUUCUCUUAGGAACAUGUGACACCAAACUCCCAGAACUCCUUUACACAAAAUCCCAAAUUGAAUCCACCAAAGCCACAGUCCUCCUAAUGGACAUCAGCCGCAACCCAACGAUCCACCCAGAAAUCACUAUCCCUCAAAGUGCCUUAACCAGCCUCUCCCUCUCCCCAUCAGCCCCAAUCCCAGAUCUAACAGCCCUCACCCGGGCCGAGUAUAUAACCACACUCACACCCUACGCCACAAAGAAAGUAACCUCCCUCCACGAAUCCCACCAAAUCCACGGCAUCCUCGGCAUCGGCGGUUCAUGCGGGACAUCCCUCACAGCAGCAGUGAUGCGUGACGCACUACCAGUCGGAUUCCCCAAGCUUCUCGUCUCGACCAUGGCGUCUGGAGAUGUGGGUCCAUAUAUCGGCGAAACAGACAUCAGCAUGAUGUACAGCGUUGUUGAUAUCGCGGGCCGGAAUCGUGUUUUGGAAGGUGUUCUUGAUAAUGCUGCUGGGGGGAUUGUGGGGAUGGCGAGUGCAUUUUUGAAGCGCGAGCGAGAGCGAGAGGAGAAGCAAGUAGGGGUACAUGCAUCCUCUGCUGUUAGGAUUGCUAUAUCCAUGUUUGGAGUUACGACGCCUGGUGUUACACGUGCCCGGGAACGUCUGGAGGAGGUUCUGUCUGGUUGUGAGGUUUAUGUUUUUCAUGCGACUGGGUCUGGGGGACGGGCUUUGGAGAGGCUUGUUAGGGAGGGGCAGAUUGAUGCAGUGCUUGAUUUGACGACUACGGAGAUUGCGGAUGAGGUUGUUGGUGGGGUUCUUAGUGCUGGUGCUGGACGGUUGACUGCAGCUACGGUGCGGGAUAUUCCUAGGGUUGUUAGUGUGGGAGCGUGUGAUAUGGUUAAUUUCGGGGAGGCAGGGAGUGUCCCUGCUUCUUUUCGGGAAGAGGGAAGGUUGUUCCAUGAACAUAAUGCGACUGUUACCAUUAUGCGGACCACUGAGAAGGAGUGUGUUGAUAUUGGGAGGUUCAUAUCAGGGAACUUGUUGCGGGACUCGAGAGACAAAGGAGAAUUAAGACGGACGAAGGUGAUUUUGCCUGUUGGUGGAGUGAGUAUGUUGGAUGUUCCUGGUCAGCCAUUCCAGGAUCCAAAGGCAGAUGAGGUACUGUUUUCUACAUUGGAGAGGGAAUUGGAGGGCAGUGGGAUAUCAGUUGUGCGAGAUUCCCGUGACAUCAAUGAUCCUGACUUUGCGGUGGCGGUAGCAGACGAAUUGGUUAAAUUGAUCCGCGAGGAAUAG